AUUGUCAACAAAGUUUGCUUGCUUGGAAUCGUGGUUUGCAAGUUGUUUAUCUCUCCGCAUUCAUUCUGUUUUAAUAAUAACAUUAGCACUAUUUCUCAGUACAGAAAACUAUACGUAAUGAACAUCGGUUUUAUUUAAUUUGAGACACUUAUCAAUUGUUUCGAGAACCACAACAUAACCUCAACAACAACAUGAAUGUGAGUGAGGAAGAUUUGAAGGAACUUGGGCAAAUCUGCAUUCCCGGUAUGAGACUGAGUUUGGCUGACAAGGAGCACAUAGCUGGCCCUGGAACAUAUGAACUGAAAGGUUACAUUUAUUCCACAUUGACUGGAGUCUUAAAAAUUGAAGAUGAUGAGAAAACUAAGGUCAAAGUCAUAUCUGUAGAAAGCCCAAGGACUCCCAGCAUUCUGCCCAAAGCUGGUGACAUAGUCACAGCCAAAGUAACAGUGGUAAAUUCCAGACAAGUCCAAUGUGUCAUCCUGUGCGUUGGUCCUUCAGUCCUGGUGAGACCUUACAGAGGAAUUCUGAAGAAGGAGGACAUCAAGAGUACUGAUAAGGACAGAAUUGAUCCGUACAAAUGUUUUCGACCCGGAGAUGUGAUAUUGGCUAGAGUUCUGCCAAUGACAGAAAUCCACUGGUACCACAUAUCAACAGCUGAGAAUGAGCUUGGCGUCGUCAUAGCAACAGCUGAGGGGUCCCCACAAGGUGUUGGAAUGGUCCCCAUCAGCUGGUCCGAGAUGCAGUGCCCUAAAACUCUGGUCAAGGAACCUAGGAAAGUGGCCAGAGUUAUCCCGGACAACAUUAUGAACGAAAAUUUGUUCCCUGGUAAAGUUAAGAAGGAAGUAGUUGAAAUUAAAGAGUAACUA